AGCUCUUUAGUUAUCGAAGAAACUUGAGAAAGUUGUAAGUAAACAAAAUUCUCACAUAAUGGUACUUGUUGAGAGUGCGGAUUGCGUUCUCAUGUUUUUCUUGCAAAUUGCGUAUUUAUAAGAGCAACAGUGUAAAAAAGUGACAGUGUUAAAACUACAGAGAUGGAUGUCACAGGAUUGUUUCUGAUGCUGCUUAGCGUACACAUAGCUACAGCAAGAUGGAUUAGAAUGAACCUCACCGAAAACUCAAAAACAGAUAUCAAAUCGACAACAAGACCUUUGCCACCAACCAUUUUUCCCAGAACGUGUGGUAAAUCGACCAUCCAAUUAAGUCGUGUUGUAGGUGGUCAAAAUGCUAAGCCUGGUGCCUGGCCAUGGAAUGCCAUGAUCAGGUUUCAUGGAAUGUUUAUAUGUGGUGGUGUUUUAAUAUCUCCUAACUGGAUCGUUACUGCUGGACAUUGUACAGAUGGUUAUGGAAUGGACGGAUUCCAAAUAGUGCUAGGAGACCACAACCGCGUAACAUACGAUAAUAGUGAACAAACAUUUAAAGUGACGAAGAUGAUUCGCCAUCGUAGAUAUGACCAGCCAACUAUCUUCAACAACGACAUCGCUAUAAUGAAGUUGGACAAACCAGCAAUGUUUACUCCGAAUGUUCAACCGGUAUGCUUGCCUCGUCAGAACGAAGUUGUUGGUGUUGGAAAGCUGUGCUACAUUGCAGGUUGGGGAAGAACUUUGCGUGCUGCUCAAACUUCACACAUAUUGCAACAAGCUCCCUUGCAAAUCAUCAGUUUCUCUGAUUGCUGGAGAAAAAAUAUGAAAAUUGCACCAAUCACAGAUGAAAUGAUAUGCGCAGCAAAUAUAAAGCCAUCGCUUACAAUCCAUUCCGGUUGCCAUGGUGAUUCAGGCGGUCCACUAGUGUGUAGAUACACGGACGGUGCGUGGGAGUUACAAGGGAUCGUAAGUUGGGGUUCUGCAUCAUGUAACACAACCGAUGCCUACACGGUAUUUGCACGCGUUUCUAAGUUCCGUUAUUGGAUCGAUAAUAUUAUUAGCCGAGAUCGAGUAAAGAAAGUCAUUAUUUAAGAACUGCUAUAAUAGCGCGAUAGUAUGAAGGAUUAUCUAAAUAUGUUAUUUUUGUAAUAAAUUGAAACAGUAGAGAUUGUAAUUAUAAAUUCCGAUACAAUAAAAAAUAUUUUGUCUAUCUGUA